AUGACUUCAUUAUUCAACGGUGAACAACAAGAAAAAAAUUUAUUUGUUCAUAAUGAACAGCCAACAGUAAAUCUUCAACAAACUAAGAAUUUUAAUGAAUAUGAUAGAAAAAUUGAACAAAUGAAUGAAAUAAAAACUAAUGAAUUAAAUAAAUUAAAAUUUUAUUAUGAAACAAAAUUACAUGGAUUAGAAGAUAAUAAAAUACAAUCAGAAAUUCAUUUAGGUCAAAUAAAUGAAGAAAAUAAACGUUUAAAAAUUGAAAUUACACAUGAAAAAGAACAAAAUAAAAUUGAACAAAAAACAUUACAACAACAUUUAAAAGAAUUUAAAAAGACUUUAGAAAGAAAAAUUCAUGAUAUAAAAAUUAUUCAUGAAAAUGAUAAACAAGAAAUUAAACAACAACAUUCAAAAGUCUAUCAAGAUUUAUUAGAUGAAACAAAUCAACAUUUAAAAAAAACGGAAAAUAAUUAUAAAUAUGAACAAUUAACAAAUGAAUCAACUAUUGAUGAAAUGGAAAAACGAAUAAUAGAUUUACGUUCAAAUUUCGAACAUCUUCAACAAUUGAAACAAAAACUUGAAGAUGAUAAAAUUCAAUUAAUUAAAACUAAUGAACAAUUACAAUUACAGAUUCAAGAAUUAACAAAUAAGCAACGUCAUAUUGAUCGUGAUCAUACUGAUAAGAUUCAACGUUAUGAAAAUGAAUUAAAAUCUGUUCAUCUUCGUUGUGAAACAAAUAUUGAUUUUUUACGUAAAGAAAAUGAUGUAUUAAAAAGUAAAUCAACUAAAACAAUAGAUGAUUUAGAAAAAAAAUUAUUAAAAAUAACUGAACAAUAUCAAAAUAUGGAAAAAAUAUUCGAACAAAAAUUAAAUGAACAACAAAUAAUUUAUCAUAAUAAUAUAAAACAAUAUGAAAAUGAUAAUGAAAAAAAAUUUCUAAAAUUAAAACAAGAAUUACAAGAACAAAAUAAUAAUUAUAUUUUAUCUAUUCAACAUUAUGAACAAAAAGAAAAUGAAUUACGACAACAUAAACAUCAAAUUAAAAUUGAUUUAGAUAAUAAAAUUCAAGAAAUGAAUAAUAAAAUAUAUGAAAAUGAACAAAUAUUAAUCAAUAAAUUGAAACAUGAAUAUGAUCAAACUAAUCAACAAGAUCAAGAAAAAUUACGUGAAAAUUUUAAUAAAGAUAUUGAAGAAAUCAAACAUCAUUAUGAACAAAUAAUCGAAAAAAAAGAAGAAAAAAUAAAGAAUGAUUUACAAAAAUUUAAUCAAUUAUCUGUUGAAAUCAAACGUACACAAGAAGUCGAAAAACAACAGAUUAUCAAUGAAUAUGAACAAUUUAUUCAAAAAUUCGAAAAAAAUCAUAUACAAAAAACAGAUGAAUAUGAAAAACGUAUUGAAAUUUUAAUUUCUAAAACACAUGAACAAUUAAAAUCAAUGGAAGAUGCAUUUGAAAUUCGUCAUACUAAUCAACAAUUAAUUAUCGAUGAUCAACAAAAAAUUAUUCAAGCAUAUAAAGAUGAAGAAAAUCAAGUGAAAAUAUUAUAUGAAAAACAAUGUAGAAUUUUAAGUGAACAAUCUCUACGUGAAAAAAAUGAAAUUAAAACACAAUUUGAUAUAUGUAUGAAAAAUUUAGAAAAAAAUUUCAAUAUAUUAGCAUCAAAAAAAGAACAACUUGAACGUAAAUUAUCAUAUUUAAAAGAACAACAUAAACAUGAAAUGAUUGAAUAUCGUUUAACAUAUGAAAAUAAUAUUAAAGGUCUUUUAUCAAAUGAUGUUCGUAUGGAUUUAGAAAGUACAAUACAUUCAUUAAAACAACAAGUUAUUUUUUUACAACAACGUACAGCUUUUCUUCAACAAGAACUUCAACAAUAUAUAGAAAUCUAUGGACAUAGACUAGCAUCUCAGUGA